AACUUUGAUAUUUACUCAAACUACAUUUAUUUAUCGGUCUUGAAGUGCUCCAAUCUGUCUGAGCAUUGAACAAUAUAAAAGCGUUGUUGUAAUAAUAAUAUCUACAUAAAGUUAAAAACAUUCAUUAUCAUCACACGAAAUGUUUUCGUUACAUCCCAGCGUUAAUCACUACCGUGUUAAAUUAUUAAAUCAAUUUUAUGGACAUGUCAAAGUUACUAUUUAUAUUUAUGCGUUUUUAAAGUAUGGUUUUAAAGAUGCGCUAAAUAUAAACAUCAACAUCGUUAAAUGUUUAGCUAUACUUUUAUCGCCGAUUGUUUUCAUUACAACAUGGCUGCUUCGAAGUGCAAAAAUGUUAGUUGCAUGUUGGGUUGCCUAUACUGUACCGAAUUACGUGGAUAUGUUAGACGGAACUGAAACAGUUUUCCUUGCGACUGAAUCCAAUAGAAGUCGUGCUAUAAUCACAACCGUUUUUCUUCUGGAAGACACCGAAGAUACGCAAUUGUCUGGUGAUGACUUUUAUAAUCUGUGCGUGCAGAAUAUAUCCAGGAUAUUUUCACAAAAAAAGUUUUUGAAAUUGCGAUGCAGUGUGCAAUACAAAUUUGGUUAUUUUUACUUACGAAAGGAAACAUGGCCGAAUGAAACAUUUUUCAAGCCGUUUUAUUGUAAUACUGGACGGAAGUCAUCAAUUUUAUCAAUGGAAGAACUUAGAGGGUUUGUAAGUGAGGUUAGUAAUCUGGAAAUGCCACAAAAUGACGCAGGUAUGUGGGAAGUACGUGUCAGCAAGGAAAAACUUGAAGGAACCAAUGCUUAUCCAAUGGUUAUACGUUUUCAUCAUGUGUUUGGAGAUGCUAUUACGUUAUUUGACAUGUUUACAGCUGAUUUUCAAACACACCAUAAAUCAAGUUAUAAGUCAAUUCUUCAAAGUGAGGUUAGAUCACUAGAUGCAACCUUCACAACGGAUCCAUUCAUAACAAUGCAUGGCAUUUUUGACACGCCAGACUCAAACGUAAUGUGUCAAUCAAACGGAGACAAACACGUUGUAUGGUGCACAGAACAAUCACCGUAUAUCCUAAAAACAAUUAAAGAAGUGAAAACGAAUCUCAGCAAAGUAGGCAACAAUGUAUACUCGGUGGAUGUGAUUCUAACGUGUUUUCUUGAGAGUUUAUCUGCGCAUUUUGAGAAAGAGAAGGUAAAUCUACCUGAGAAUGUGUAUCUUUUGUUGCCUAUGAUGCCAUCGGAUCUAAAAGAGUCAUCUUACGGCACAUUUUCCAACUAUAAAAUGAAAACGAAGGUUUCUGCAGCUGCUUUAAGACUACCGCUAAAUUUAGGCGAGAAUAUGAAAGCAAAUUCGCUAUUAAGACGUUUAGAUAAAGUUAAACAAGUAUACCACAUGUUUAAGAAUGGUUCAAUUGAUUACUGGUUUAAUCGUUGGCAAGGCACCGUCGUUUUAACAUUUUUACCAUUUUUUCUACAAAAAUGGUUCUUUUCCAACUUUGGAAUUACUUUGGUGGUGAGUAAUAUUCCCGGUUGUGACAGUUUAAAAUUCUUCGGACGUUUGAAGGUUAAGGAAUUCGUUUGUAUUGAUCCUAAUACGUUAGAAACAGGUGUUACAUUGAUGAUAACGUCAUAUGAAAACCGUCUAAAUUUUGCUUAUACUAUUGAUAAAGCUGUAAUUCCCAAGGCUGAAGAUGUCAAAAAAAUCGCUGAAGAUUUUAUGCAUAAUUUAGACAAAUUGAAACAAAUUACAAGUAGUUUAGAAAAACAAAACUUUGAAUUUCCAUUCACAAUAUUAUUAUCCUUGAUUACAUCUAUGAUCCUAACCCCAAUAUUUCUAACCUUAUAUUCCCUGUGUUACCUUUACAAACAACUGGUAAGAUACAUUCUCCAAAACCUCUACUCGGAUGUUUUCAUCGAUUUCAUGGAAGGAUUAGAUUCGAUAUGCUGCAACCAAACGAACUGCAUACCUAAUGUGUUACUCCUGGUUGACACCAAAGAUGAUAUGCAAACACUAUUUCGUAAAACAAUCGCCAUGGUCAAAUCAGCGAUGAAGUCCGACCACAAAAAACUUUUCUAUUCUCGUGCAUCGUUUUUAGGUUAUCACUACUUCUACAAAAACCACCUCAAACCAAAAGAUUUCAUUCUACAAACAAGUGAAGAUGUUGCAAUUGAAGAUAAACGCCAUCUAUCGGAAGUUUUCCAAAAGUAUGAUGUAGAAUCAAUGCCGGAUGACGGGCAUGCCUUAAUGCAAGUGAUAUUGUUUUCCGGGAGUGUUAAUAACAACAUGGCGGAUGUAAACGCGGAUUCACCAGUGUUACAUGGAUUGAAACUAGUUGCAUUUCGAUUGCAUCAUUGUUUGGGUGAUGGUAAAGCCAUCAUGAAUUUGUUUGUUAGUAUAUUUGGUGAUGUUGAAGUCUCUCUGAGUGUUUGUGCAUCGAAAAGGAAGUUUUCUGAUAUUCCACUUGGGAAGUUAACACCGGAAGUUAAUAGGUUAAAAGAAUGGCCGUCGGGUUUGACAGAUGACAACGCAUUGAGAGGUUAUAAUCUAUCUGAAGAGAAAUACAUUGCUUGGUAUAGCGAUGAAAAUAAAGAAUGUAUGAGUAAAAUAAGAGAUUUACGAAGAGGAUUAGCAGGAGUGACGUUUUUAGAUGUUGUUAAUACUUGUAUAACAUCUAGUUUAUACGAUCACUAUGAAAAAAAUGGGUUGCCUAUACCGCAAACUGUCAUCGGUGGCGUUGUGCUUUCACCCGCCAUUUAUUCGUUUUCAUAUGGCGUUGGUAAUUUUACUAUGACAAAUCGGUUUUCAUGCGGAGCUUUUCACAUGCCCAUUGGUUUAGGCGACUGUAAACUGAUUACACGCCUAAAACACGUUAAAAAGGAAUAUGAUCAAAUUAAGAAAUGUGUUGACGUACAGUUUAAUUAUUGGGUUGCUCAGAACUUAUGCCAAACACUUCCCUCACCAAUUGUGCGCAUGUUUUGCGAGAAUGUCCCAGUGACGUUUGGAGUGUCAAGUUUACCCGGAUGUGAGAAAUUCACGUUAUUUUCUGGUUCACCUGUGAAAGACUUUAUCUUUAUGCUGCCAAACUCACCGCAUUGCGGUCUCCAUUUUGUAAUAUAUACUUAUGGUGGCAACUUUCGGUUUGCGCUCACAGCUGACAAAAGUGUUGUGCCCACUCACCAGGAAGCACAAUGCAUCGUAGAUAAUGUAAUUGCACAUUUAAACGAAAUGCAUGCAUUGUUCAGCGAUGGUAAACUUAAAUUAUAAGCAAAACAAUAUUUAGAUAGUUUUAGAAACAUUGAAUUUUGUUGGCUAAGUGUUAAAUUGGUUGCCUAGUGUAUUAAUAAAGCAUAUUUUUGUUAA